AUGAACGGCUACGGCUCUCCCUACCUGUACAUGGGCGGCCCGGUGUCGCAGCCUCCGCGGGCGCCCCUGCAGCGCACGCCCAAGUGCGCGCGCUGCCGCAACCACGGCGUGCUGUCCUGGCUCAAGGGCCACAAGCGGUACUGCCGCUUCAAGGACUGCACCUGCGAGAAGUGCAUCCUCAUCAUCGAGCGGCAGCGGGUCAUGGCCGCGCAGGUGGCGCUGCGCCGGCAACAAGCCAACGAGAGCCUGGAGAGCCUCAUCCCCGACUCGCUGCGCGCUCUGCCCGGGCCCCCGCCGCCGGGGGACACCGCCGCCACCCCGCAGCCGCCGCCGACCUCGCAGCCGUCCCAGCCGCCGCCGCCGCCGCAGCGCCCCACCGCUGAGUUGGCUGCGGCCGCCGCUCUGCGCUGGGCCGCUGAGCCCCAGCCGGGAGCGCUCCAGGCGCAACUCGCCAAGCCAGGUAGGACCGAGGCAGAGCUAGGAGACAGCAGUUCAGCGGACAAUGCGGAGGCCUUCAGCGACAAAGACAACGACCAGAGGAGCUCUCCGGAUGUGGCCAAAAGCAAGGGCUGCUUCACCCCGGAGAGCCCCGAGAUAGUGUCGGUGGAUGAAGCGGGGUACUCCGUGCAGAAGAACGGGAGCAACCCCGAGAGCCGCCCCGACAGCCCCAAGUACCACUCGGAGCAGAGCCACCUCCUGAUCGAGGGCCCUUCGGGGACCGUUUCUCUGCCCUUCAGCCUGAAAGCCAACCGGCCGCCGCUGGAAGUGUUGAAAAAGAUCUUCCCCAACCAGAAGCCCACGGUGCUGGAGCUGAUCCUGAAGGGCUGCGGGGGCGACCUGGUGAGCGCCGUGGAGGUGCUGCUGUCCAGCCGCUCGUCCGCGGGCCCCGAGCGCGCCCCGGCCGAGGCCGACGGGCUCGUGCUGCCCCCUAACGGCCACAUCUUCGAACACACCCUCAGCUCCUACCCGAUCUCCUCCUCCAAGUGGUCGGUGGGCUCGGCCUUCCGCGUGCCAGACACCUUGCGCUUUUCUGCGGACUCCAGCAACGUGGUCCCCAACCCCUUGGCCGUGCCUCUGCAGCAUCCUUUCCCCCAGCCGCCCCGGUACCCGCUGAUGCUGAGGAAUACUUUGGCGAGAAACCAGUCGAGCCCCUUUUUGCCCAACGACGUCACCCUGUGGAACACCAUGACCCUGCAGCAGCAGUACCAGCUGCGGUCCCAGUAUGUCAGCCCCUUCCCCAGUAACUCCGCCAGCGUCUUCAGGAGCUCGCCUGUCCUCCCCUCCCGCACCACGGAGGACCCUCGGAUCUCCAUCCCCGAGGACGGGUGUCCGAUCGUGACAAAGCAGACCAUCUACACGGAGGAUGACUACGAUGAGAGGUCCGACUCCUCAGACUCUAGAAUUCUCAACACCUCGUCCUAAACCUGAAGGGUGCCUGCGGGUGGUGAUGAGGUGGCACUGUGCUUUGGAACCCUGGGGCGCCCCCAGGGGAGGCCACA